AUGUCAAAAGUUGCAACAAAUUUCGUAAAUCAGUAUAACUUAACCCCCCAAAUGAGCAUAGCCGAACUUAGCAAUUAUGCUGAAGAAUUGGUUAAACAUUUGAAAGAUGCGAAGGCCCGUGAUCAUGCGCGAAAUCGGAUCCAGAAAUUAGGAUUUAAAGCUAUAUAUGAUCCAGACAUUACUCGAAGAUCAAAUAAAGAACAAGCGAUAAAUCAGGAGCUCCGUGAAGACGAGGAAUACGAUUGUCCUGAAUUCUUUUACUUGGAAAAUGUCCAGAAAAGACUUAAGGAUUGUAACAUUACCAAUUCCCCUACAAUGCAAAAUUUAAUGGAUAUAAUGAUAAUGUUAUCUAUAAGGUCGGCGGAUGUUGCAAAUCUUUGUGUUGAUUACUAUAAACCAUCUAACACUGAUUGGUACGAUCCUAAAUAUUCUUGGUACUGCACUGGAUAUGCAAAAAAUAAAAAAGACGAACCUAGACCAUUAGUAUCUAUGGAGAAAGAUCCACUACUGGCUAGAGAAUUACUUAUUUGGAUCCAGAAAGCAAUUCCUAACGAAUUCCCAUUUUUAAUAAGAGAUAAAGAUGGUGAUGUAAAUGUUCACCCAAUUAACAAUUUUCUAGCAAUUUAUGGAAUAAGCUCAUCGUAUUUGAGAAAAAUAGGAUCUGACCAUGCUAUUAUAAUCCAUGAAGGUAAGACUCGCUCUAAAUGUAACCGUCUUUGUAAGUUGGCAUUAAGAUACAAAAUAAAUCGAGAAGCAUCAGAUCAUUACAGUGUGAUGAAUAACAGACUGAAUACUCCAGCACCUAAACAAGAAAAUAGUGAGGUCGAGGAUAUCAUCGAUUUAUACGGAGAAAUUUCUGAUGAUGAUAACUAA